AACCCGUUCCCACUCCCACAAGGAUAGGUGUGUGCGUAGCCGCCCGUCUCCCGAGGUCUGCUCCACCCUUCAGCGCACGGCUUUGGUGCAGCUCUGUCCCCCGCGGGACUGAAUGACAAUAUCAGAAUUCCUCCUGGGAAUGCUGACUCCUUGCCCGGUGCCCUGAAGUAUCUCUGAGAUGAACUGAUGAAUCGGAAACAUGGUGCAAAAGAAGAAAUUCUGUCCUCGGUUACUUGACUAUUUAGUGAUCGUAGGGGCCAGACACCCGAGCAGUGACAGUGUGGCCCAGACUCCUGAGCUGCUGCGGCGAUACCCGUUAGAGGAUCACGCCGAGUUUCCCCUGCCCCCGGAUGUGGUGUUCUUCUGCCAGCCGGAGGGCUGCCUGAGUGUGCGGCAGCGGCGCAUGAGCCUCCGGGAUGACACCUCUUUUGUGUUUACCCUCACCGACAAGGACACUGGAGUCACACGUUACGGCAUCUGCGUCAACUUCUACCGCUCCUUCCAAAAACGAAUGCCCAAGGAAAAGGGAGAAGGCGGAACAGGGUCCCGUGGGAAGGAGGGAACCCGUACCACCUGUGUCUCCGAGGAGGCUGGCACCGAGAGCUCAGAGAGCGGCUCAUCCCUGCAGCCCCCCAGCGCUGACUCCACCCCUGACGUGAACCAGUCUCCUCGCGGCAAACGCCGGGCCAAGGCAGGGAGCCGGUCCCGCAACAGCACCCUGACGUCCCUGUGUGUGCUCAGCCACUACCCUUUCUUCUCCACCUUCCGAGAGUGUCUGUAUACCCUCAAGCGUCUGGUGGACUGCUGCAGCGAACGCUUGCUGGGCAAGAAGCUGGGCCUUCCUCGGGGUGUGCAGAGGGACACCAUGUGGCGGAUCUUCACCGGCUCACUGUUGGUGGAGGAGAAGUCGAGUGCACUUCUGCAUGACCUUCGGGAGAUUGAGGCCUGGAUCUAUCGAUUGCUGCGUUCCCCAGUACCUGUCUCUGGGCAGAAGCGAGUCGACAUUGAGGUCCUGCCCCAGGAGCUCCAGUCAGCUCUGACCUUUGCUCUUCCAGACCCCUCUCGAUUCACCCUAGUGGAUUUCCCACUGCACCUUCCCUUGGAACUUCUGGGUGUGGACGCCUGUCUUCAGGUGCUGACCUGCAUCCUGUUAGAGCACAAGGUGGUGCUACAGUCCCGAGACUACAAUGCACUCUCCAUGUCUGUGAUGGCGUUUGUCGCAAUGAUAUACCCCCUGGAGUAUAUGUUUCCUGUCAUCCCACUGCUUCCCACUUGCAUGGCAUCGGCAGAGCAGCUGCUGUUGGCUCCAACCCCGUACAUUAUCGGAGUCCCUGCCAGCUUCUUCCUUUACAAACUGGACUUCAAAAUGCCUGAUGAUGUGUGGCUGGUGGAUCUGGACAGCAGUCGGGUGAUUGCCCCCACCAAUGCAGAAGUGCUGCCUAUUCUGCCAGAACCGGAAUCAUUAGAGCUGAAGAAACAUUUAAAGCAGGCCCUUGCCAGCAUGAGUCUGAACACUCAGCCCAUCCUCAAUCUGGAGAAAUUUCACGAGGGCCAGGAGAUCCCACUUCUCCUGGGAAAGCCUUCUAAUGACCUGCAGUCCACCCCUUCCACUGAAUUCAACCCACUCAUCUAUGGCAAUGACGUGGAUUCUGUGGAUGUUGCAACCAGAGUGGCCAUGGUGCGGUUCUUCAACUCCGCCAACGUGCUGCAGGGCUUUCAGAUGCACACGCGGACUCUGCGUCUCUUCCCUCGGCCAGUGGUAGCUUUUCAGGCCGGCUCCUUUCUAGCCUCACGGCCCCGGCAGACUCCUUUUGCUGAGAAAUUGGCCAGGACUCAGGCUGUGGAGUACUUUGGAGAAUGGAUCCUUAACCCCACCAACUAUGCCUUUCAGCGAAUUCACAACAAUAUGUUUGAUCCUGCCCUGAUUGGUGACAAGCCCAAGUGGUACGCUCAUCAGCUGCAGCCCAUCCACUACCGAGUCUAUGAUAGCAACUCCCAGCUGGCCGAGGCGCUGAGUGUGCCGCCCGAGCGUGACUCCGGCUCCGACCCCACUGAUGACAGCGGCAGCGAUAGUAUGGAUUAUGAUGACUCAAGCUCUUCUUACUCCUCCCUUGGUGACUUUGUCAGUGAAAUGAUGAAAUGUGACAUCAACGGUGACACUCCCAAUGUGGACCCUCUGACGCAUGCAGCACUGGGGGAUGCCAGUGAGGUAGAGAUUGAUGAGCUCCAGAACCAGAAGGAAGCAGAGGAGCCUGGCCUGGACAGCGAGAACCCUCAGGAAAACCCCCCAGUGCGCUCCAGCGCCAGCACUACCGCCAGCAGUAGCCCCAGCACUGUCCUCCAUGGAGCUAACUCUGAAGCUGCUGACUCUGCGGAGAUGGAUGAUAUGGCAGCAGGAGGCGUCUCCAAGCCUCCCCCUACUGUGCCUCCCGGCAUCAGCAAAUCGAACGUGGACAGGCGUCAGGCAGAAGUCGGAGAGGGGUCAGUGCGCCGGCGAACCUAUGACAAUCCAUACUUCGAGCCCCAAUAUGGCUUUCCCCCUGAGGACGAUGAGGAUGAGCAGGGGGAAAGUUACACUCCCCGAUUCAGCCAGCAUGUCAGUGGCAAUCGGGCUCAAAAGCUGCUGCGGCCCAACAGCUUGAAACUGGCAAGUGACUCCGAUGCAGAAUCAGACUCCCGCGCGAGCUCUCCCAACUCCACCGUCUCCAACAACAGCACCGAGGGCUUCGGGGGGAUUGUGUCAUUUGCCAGCAGCCUGUAUAGGAACCAUAGCACAAGCUUCAGUCUUUCAAACCUCACGCUUCCCACCAAAGGGGCCCGAGAGAAGACCACGCCCUUUCCCAGUCUGAAAGGAAACAGGAGAGCUUUGGUGGAUCAGAAGUCAUCUGUCAUUAAGCACAGCCCUACAGUGAAGAGAGAACCUCCAUCACCCCAGGGUCGAUCCAGCAAUUCUAGCGAGAACCAGCAGUUCCUGAAGGAGGUUGUGCACAGCGUGCUGGACGGCCAGGGCGUCGGCUGGCUCAACAUGAAGAAGGUGCGCCGGCUGCUGGAGAGCGAGCAGCUCCGGGCCUUCGUCCUGAGCAAGCUGAACCGCACAGCGCAGUCGGAGGACGACGCCCGGCAGGACGUCAUCCCGGAUGUGGAGAUCAGUCGCAAGGUGUAUAAGGGAAUGUUAGACCUCCUCAAGUGCACAGUCCUCAGUCUGGAACAGUCCUAUGCCCAUGCAGGUCUGGGUGGCAUGGCCAGCAUCUUUGGGCUUCUGGAGAUAGCCCAGACCCACUACUACAGUAAAGAACCAGACAAGCGGAAGAGAAGUCCAACAGAGAGUGUAAAUACCCCAGCUGGAAAGGACCCUGGUCUGGCUGGGCGGGGGGACCCAAAGGCUAUGGCCCAGCUGAGAGUUCCCCAGCUGGGACCUCGGGCACCAAGUGCUACAGGAAAGGGUCUUAAAGAACUGGACACCAGGAGUUUAAAGGAAGAGAAUUUUGUAGCAUCUAUUGGGCCAGAAGGAAUCAAACCUGUCUUUGACCUUGGUGAGACAGAGGAGAAAAAGUCCCAGAUCAGCGCAGACAGUGGUGUGAGCCUGACAUCUGGUUCCCAGAGGACAGAGCAAGACUCAGUGGUCGGUGUGAGUCCAGCUGUUAUGAUCCGCAGCUCCAGUCAGGAUUCUGAAGUUAGCACCGUGGUGAGCAAUAGUUCUGGGGAGACCCUUGGAGCGGACAGUGACCUGAGCAGCAAUGCAGGGGAUGGACCAGGUGGUGAGGGCAGCAGCCACUUGGCAAGCUCGCGGGGCACUUUGUCUGAUAGUGAGAUCGAGACCAACUCUGCCACAAGUGCCAUCUUUGGCAAAGCCCAUAGCUUGAAGCCAGGUGUGAAGGAGAAGCUGGUGGGCAGCCCAAUCCGCUGUUCUGAAGAUGUCAGCCAGCGAGUGUAUCUUUAUGAGGGACUCCUAGGCAAAGAGCGUUCUACUUUAUGGGACCAAAUGCAGUUCUGGGAAGAUGCAUUCUUAGAUGCUGUGAUGUUGGAGAGAGAAGGGAUGGGUAUGGACCAGGGUCCCCAGGAAAUGAUCGACAGGUACCUGUCCCUGGGAGAACAUGACCGGAAGCGCCUGGAGGAUGAUGAAGAUCGCUUGCUGGCCACACUGUUGCACAACCUCAUCUCCUACAUGCUGCUGAUGAAGGUGAAUAAGAAUGACAUCCGGAAGAAGGUGAGGCGCUUAAUGGGAAAGUCCCAUAUUGGGCUUGUGUACAGCCAGCAAAUCAAUGAGGUGCUGGAUCAGCUGGCGAACCUGAAUGGACGUGAUCUCUCUAUCCGGUCCAGUGGCAGCCGGCACAUGAAGAAGCAGACGUUUGUGGUACACGCAGGGACAGACACAAAUGGAGACAUCUUUUUCAUGGAGGUGUGUGAUGACUGCGUGGUGCUGCGUAGUAACAUCGGGACCGUCUAUGAGCGCUGGUGGUAUGAGAAACUCAUCAACAUGACCUACUGUCCCAAGACCAAGGUGUUGUGCUUGUGGCGUCGAAAUGGCUCUGAGACCCAGCUCAACAAGUUCUACACUAAGAAGUGCCGGGAGCUGUACUACUGCGUGAAGGACAGCAUGGAGCGUGCUGCCGCCCGACAGCAGAGCAUCAAGCCGGGGCCUGAACUAGGUGGCGAGUUCCCUGUGCAGGACAUGAAAACUGGUGAGGGUGGCUUGCUGCAGGUCACUCUGGAAGGGAUCAAUCUCAAGUUCAUGCACAACCAGGUCUGGACUCCCAUGGCAGUCACUCAAACCUCGGCGCUCCAGAGGCGGCACGAGGGGCAGGGAGAAGAAGCGCCUCUGCAGAGCGGUCAGGAGAGCAGGAGACAGGGAGGAAGGGGAGCCCGAGAUGAGCAGGGAAGGAGAGGGCGAGGGCCGUCAGUGGCUGCAGAACAGCCAGUGGGAGACGCCCCGAAGAGGCUCUGGGAAGUAGCGCCACCUUCCCCGGCCUGGCCAGACGGGCCGGGCGUCAGCAAGACCUGGGCUGGAGCAGGCUGGCGAUGCCCAAGCUCUGCUGUGUCUGCGUUGCCUGCUGCCGUCUCUCCAGCAGCCCAGCUCUGAUCUCCGCCUGGCCUCUGUGCUAGAGGAGGGGCGGGGGCAUCGCAGGCAGCGCGCCCGAGGGGCAGGGAAGCCCGGUGGGCCUCAGGGGCAGAAGGGCAGUUGGAGCGGGGAGCCGGGAGCCGGCCGUCCCCAGUCAGCGCUAAGGAGUGGUGUAGAGGGGUCUCACCCUGGGGCUUUGAGUUCCUGCUGUGUUUGUGCUUCAUUCUUUUGUGCCCCUCAUCGCUGCUAUGAAAACCUUCGUUCUCCAGCAGGUAAAGUGACCGCGGCUCGGCUCGUGCUGCCUCUCCCCAGGCCCUGCCUUGGGCCCUACUUGGGUGGGCGGGCUCCCUUUCACCACACCAGCUGCUCACAUGGCCACCUCGUCUCCUCCUCUCUCCCCACCCUCUUCCUUCCCGACUUCCCUCCACUCUCGCACUGGCUCCCGGAGCCCAGUCCUCUCCCCUCCUGCGCUCCCUUCUCUCUUCUGCCCGAGAGAUGUUUGGGAGAAUCUUCCAACUCGCUCGGCCUUUGACGAGGUUAUGACAUGCUAACCCCGAGUUCCCCGAAUUCUACUCUCAGGGUCAGGAGAAGGCGUGGCCAACUCACCCCACUUUUUUUUCUGGCUCCCAGGGGGAUGCCACACCCCUCUGCUCCCAGUCUCAAGGGACCAUGAUGACGAUGGCUGAGCCCGGGCGCCCUGCUCCCUCCUCUGGCCAAGCAGAACCCCUGCAUGGCUGGGGCAGGGGUGACUCGGUCUUGCAUUCUGGGCUGUGGACAUGUGUGUAUCUGCCUGCCGCUCCCCGGGUGCUGUCCCCGCCUGUCUCUCCUGCUCGAUGUGUCUGCUGCCGAGCCCUCUGACGCUCUCCCUCACACAGGCAGGCCUGGGCUUCUCCUGCCACUCAGGGAAGUUCACUUGCAGUCUCAUGGGUUUAGUGUCGUGUUCCUUCCUCCUGCAGCCCUGGGACACUCUGGGUAGGGGCUGGGAACAAAGGGAACUUCGGGGCUGGUGACAGGCGUGAGUUCCCGGGCAUUUGGGCAAGGUGAGGCACAGGCUGGAGACAACGCUCCUCUCCCAGCUCCCAUCUGCCAGUCCCCAGGGCCCUGGACAGAGCGGUGGCCAGGCGGGGCCUUUCAGAACCACGGGCUCCAGAGGUCUAGCCCAGCUGUCUGGGGGCAGUGUCGUCUCCUCCGGCAGUGUCUGGACAGAAGUCUCGGGUGGCUGCAGGCCUGUCCAGCCUAAGCUGCCGGCAGCCACUGCGAGAGGCCGCAGAGGGAAGGGGACCCUGGUGCCAGGCACUGCCGCCUGAGGGAGCAUGGCACUGUCGCUCUUAGUUUUGAACUUUCUGUUUUGUCUCUUGCCCGUCCGG